AUGGAGCACGAGAAGGUGGCGGGGGCAAUUCAAAGGAAAUCUGUCCCUGAUUUACCCCCGGGCUCAGCUUUCCCGCCGUCCGUGAGCAGGGGGAAAUCGGACGGCGACGAGCUGCCGGACGUCCCCUUCGGGCUGCAGCCUACGGGGAAAGGUCAAGUCACUGCUACUUGCUGCCCGUUGGGUACACUGAGCAGCAGUGACGAAGAGGAGAAGAGGGAGGACGUCGAGGUGCAAGUCAGAUUAGAGAUCCACAGGGCGCAGCUCCGAGAAGACCAAGCGACGGAAACGCAUCUUUCUCCAUGUCUACCUGAAAAGGACCCCGUGGCACCUCCUCCGCCACCUGUGCUCUCCUGCUCCAUCUCACCCCCAAGCCCCCAAACACCUCCCCCCACCACAAUCAGACACUGGGCACCCCCAAAGGGCUUCUGGAGGGUGGCCCGGCCGGAGACGUUGCUUCUCAACAACGUGGAUCCCCAUAACGUUGCCUCGGCUUUAUCCUGCAAGGACUUCACUCGAGGGGAGGAGGACAAGACGGAAGGCCAGGGAGACAUUGUAGCAAAUGCGGACAAGCAGCACUUAGUAGCAGGCGCUGAUGACAAAGUCAGGCCAAGAGCUGAUGAGAAGUUGAAAGAAAAGUGCAGAGAUGAAGAUGCCAAAGACAGCGUGGAUGAUCAAGAUCAGGGAGCCCACGGCACUUUAGAGGACUUGGCCACGCUUCAGGAACUGGAGCCCUAUUUGAGAUCUCUCCUGGUAAUCGGCGAUGAACUCCCUCUGAGUCCGAGGCACGAGCAAGCCAAGCGUCUCCUGGAGCGAGCGCGCCUCAAGGCUCGCUCCAACCCGGUCAAAGGUGACCGCCCCGGCAGACGCUCCCACUCUGAUCACAGGGCGGCUGUAAAGAAGCAGCAAGUUGAGGCUCACAAUCCCAAAGCCGUUGGAGCUGCCCAAAGUGCGUCCGCUCCCCUCCUGGCCCCCGAGCAAGGAGACGCCUCCCCGGGGGAUGGGCUGGCCGGAUCCAGGCGCUACGGCUGCUCGCCCACCCGGGUACGUUUUGAGGACGAGUCGGAGAGAGAAGCCGAGUCCCGCUAUUUGGACAGGGUGCGACAGCGCGGGCGACCUGCCGUGCCAAAGUCCAAAAACAGGGACAGCAACACAGAUUCCAGCAGCAGCGGUUCCGAGAGGAGUCGGAGCCACAGGAGCGUCUCCGUGCCUGCUCUCCAGAAGCAAGAGACGGUGAUUCGAGAGAUCGUAGUCCUGGUGAAGAAAUGCCAGGCCUGCGGUUCUGUGGCGCGGGAACCUCAGCCCGUCUCCUCGCAAAUCAUCGAGUUACAGCAGAGCGCCAACCCGGAGGACGCCAGGGGCCGACCGGUUCCUUGCUGGGUGCCUCCCAGCAAAGCGGAAGUCAGCGGCCGUCCCAAGGCUCCUCUGACGGUCACCUUUGCGGGUGCCUUUAUUCUGGGGGAGAACAAAGAAAGAAGCACAGGCUGGAAAUCAUCCGGUUUCGGGAAGCUGAGGAGAAGGAGCAGGAAAGGAGAAAGCCGACUGGAGUCCGGCAACGGGCCCUACGGUCCGUCCUGGGCCCAGAGGCGGAACUCCAAUCCCAGGACUAGAGUCAACCUGAGCAGAGGCGUUUCCUUCGGUAGCCCACGCUCCGGCGGAGCGAGCGAGGCGCCCACCCUGCCCAUCAAAUCCGCUCUCAAGUCAAGCUCCAGGAAUCGCUCGGUUGCCGCUCAGUCCACCGUGCAGUUCCAGACGCCGUCCAACCAGGGAAGCGAAGCCGGGCCUCAGCAUUUGGACCGGCCAGAGGUCCGGAGGGAGUCGCCUGCCUCGUCCCUCGCGAUGGUGAGCAGCGACCCGGCGGCGUGCAUCCGGCCCUCCACGCUGAGGUACUCCCCUGCUCGUCUCAACCCGGACGUGCCGGCUGCCGACGUCUGGGACGCCGCUUCGGAUGGAGCGGUGGCGGCGACAGACACGGGAGCCGGGUCCGAGUUCCAGCCCGCCAUGCGCGGCGCGGCGGCCUCGUCUCGGGCCGAGGAUCUCAGAGCUGAGCUGUUGAGAGCCGAGCAUCUGAAAGCCGAGGCCGUAUGGGAGGACAGCUCGGAUGGAUCCAGGAAGCCGGACGGUCGACCCAAGCUUUUCUUGCGUCGCUUCUUUUCCUCCAUCGGCCUGAACAGCGUGGGCAGACUUGUGAAGGGAAGCCGUUCCAGUAGCAUGGAACAGCUCAGCGUUCCCGCCGCCAGCAGGUCCAACGCGAGUUCGCCGAGCCCCACGCGCAGGCGGCAUCCCAGCGUUGGGAUACAGAGGACGCCCUCUCUGCAGAGCCUGCACACGGCCCUGCCGCUGGCCCAACUCCGUAAAGCCUCCUCUGUGCAGAGUUUAGAGAGGAGAACAGAGCGUACAACCAUUCUGGGUGAGGUGCACAUACCUUAUGGCCUAGCGCCAAGUCCUGACAGUCCUCUUCUGGAAGCCCACCGGAGCCUGAGCGGUGAAGACGUCAUACCAUCCAGGGUGCUGCGACCAGCGGGGAGGGUUUCUCAGGCCUUUCCGGACGGGUCUCUUCUCCUCGAGCUUAUCCGACCCCCAAAUGGUCCUUUUGGUUUUGUCAUCUCAAGGGGCAAAGGCAGACCUGACACAGGCGUUUAUGUGGAGAAAGUGGGCGACGGAACUGGCGACGUUCCUUACGUGGGUCUCCUGGGCGUGGCUGAUGAGAUUAUUCAGGUGAAUGGGGAAGCGGUGGCAGGACUCAGUCUGGACCAGGUGACCCGGCUCAUGACACGGGAAAGCGUGGCUUCUCUAAGGAUCAUGCCGGCUCGACGUAGCCCACGCUGAAUGAGGGCAACAGACAGCAGCCUCACUUCUAUGGAUGAAGAAAGUACGACUUUGGUGCCAUCUUGUGGUAUCUUUGUGCCAAGAAAAUGUGUUGAAUUGACUUCGAGCUUCACUAGUGCUUUGCAAGUAGCAAGCUUUGGUGGCGGCCUCAACUACUCUUGGCAGUGCUUGGUGGUUCACUGUGCAGUAUUGUGUAUUAUAUUGAUAUGUGGGCUUUUUUAUUUUCACACGUCACCAGCAGAGCCAGACAUUAACUUGCAGGGAUGAUGAUGAUGAUGAUGAUGGCCAACGCCAUAUAAAUAUUUCAAUGUAGCAGCAGCAGCAGCAGCUAUAUUUUGGUCAUAUUUCAUGUUCAGGAAUACUGCUGUAUGCUAUGCUCAAUACAUUGUGAUCCAAUUUAACCGUUUGCUCCACAAUCUGACAUGAUGCAAAAUGUCUCGAAACACCUUGAAGUCUAUCUCUUUGUAUACCCUAAUAAUAGUUAUCUAAAUAUGGACUACAACUAUGAAUAAACAGCAAUGACUCGCAAA